UCACCAAGAAUGGACAAAGCCCGUCUUUCCAGCUCUAAUGACAUCAUCAUGACAAGCUCAACAGGCACCUACCAGCAGGAACCCCUGACUCCACCCAGACCCGCCCACCACCACUCCUCAUCCUCGUCCUCGCCCUCCUCUUCCUCCCCGCCCAUGAAGCCCAACCAGGUCGGCCAGGUCAUCCUGUACGGCGUCCCCAUCGUGUCACUGGUCAUCGACAACAACGAGAGACUUUGCCUGGCGCAGAUUUCCAACACGCUCCUCAAGAACUACAGCUACAAUGAGAUUCACAAUCGCCGCGUGGCGCUGGGCAUCACCUGCGUCCAGUGCACGCCGGUCCAGCUGGAGAUCCUCCGUCGGGCCGGUGCCAUGCCCAUCUCCUCACGCCGCUGUGGCAUGAUCACCAAGCGCGAGGCCGAGCGCCUGUGCAAGUCCUUCCUGGGAGAGAACGCCCCGCCCAAGCUGCCGGACAACUUCGCCUUCGACGUGUCGCACGAAUGCGCCUGGGGCUGCCGCGGCAACUUCAUCCCGGCACGCUACAACAGCUCCAGGGCCAAAUGCAUCAAGUGCUCCUUCUGCAACAUGUACUUCUCCCCGAAUAAGUUCAUCUUCCAUUCCCACCGCACGCCCGACGCCAAGUACACCCAGCCCGAUGCUGCCAACUUCAACUCCUGGAGGCGACACCUCAAGCUCUCUGACAAGGUCCCGCUCGAUGAGUUGGUCUUCGCCUGGGAAGACGUUAAAGCCAUGUUCAACGGAGGCAGCCGGAAGAGAGCGCUUCCCUCUUCAUCCCAUUGCUCCUCCAUGGGGUCGAUGAAGUCUCUCCAAGGCUCGGUGGGGCCUCACAUGAUGGGACCCGACAUGGGUCAGAAACGAGGACGCUUCGAAGAGGACGACGACCUGGACGGAGAUCUGUCUCCUCGUAAGACGCAGCGCAGCUACCCCGUCAUCCCCGUCCCCAGCAAAAACUUCGGCAUGCUGCAGAAGUUCCCUCCCACGUCGCUCUUCCCCUCGCCUUACCCCUUCCCAGCAUUUGGCCUCUGCCAGCAGAAAAAAGACGACAGUGAUGUCUCCGCCGGGCAGAAAGCAGCAGGGUUGUCUGGUCUUUUAUGGCCCGGCCGCAAAGACACUUUCUAUCCUCCUUUCUGCAUGUUCUGGCCCCCGAGAGCCGCCGGAGGAAUCCCCGUCCCCACCUAUCUCCAGCCUCAGCCCAGCGCCCUCUCCUCCUUAGCAGACAACCCCUCUCUGAGACAGGCCUUCCUGGAUCUCUCAGAUCACAGUGAGCCCGGAGCUGUGGCCGGCGGUGGAAAUGGCAUCGGUGCCACCAUGGCCUCUGGCAGUGGGACCGCCGCACCACGGACGGGCCUGUUUGACCCCGACUGCACAACGGUAACCUCUGACCUUCGCCCGGUGACAUCAGAGGGCUGGCUCAAGCUUCUCGACAACCCGACCCUCCAAACCAGGAAGCCGAGCUACGGCUCUGCCUUCCGCCCCGUCAUCAAAGAUGCAGAGAGCAUUGCCAAACUUCACAGCACUGGUGGAGGAGUCACCGGGGCGGCGGAGGAGGACUUUGGGGUCGUGGUGGCCGGGUCGGAGCGCCACCAGCGGCUCUCGCCCACCAGCAGCUGUAGUUACGGAAGCGAAAGCGGGGGCGAGGGCGAAGCCGAUGUGGGGGACAGUGAGGAGGAGGGGGAGGUGGAUGUGGAGUCAUCGAAGCAGGACGAGGAGGAGGAGGAAGGGAGUUUCACGAGAAAGCCCCCACAGACUCAAACCAACCUGUACCUCCCCGUGCUGAGCGACAGCGCCGGAGAGGAGAGGGGGAAGGAGAGAGGGGGAGGCGCCGUGUACCCCAGCGCCUCCCCUCCCUCCCCCUCGGACCCCAUCCAGCAGGAGUCCCCCAGCUUGCCUGCGUCCCCUCCAGCCAGCCUGCCACUCUCCAGCUCCAACCCACCUCACCGGGAGGACCCCGCUUACAAAAACGUCCACAAAAACAGAGACGAGGGACUUCCUGCGUAUGCGACCAAAGACAACUCCAGCAUCUCCGACGAAAACAAAGAGCAGAAUAGUUUCUUUGCACCGGAGAGCGAGACGUCAGCGCCGGACUACUGGAGAGAGAGCUCAGGCGAUCAGCGACAAGGUGCCUCGUCUCCCGUUCCACUAAAGAAGGACGUUGAGAACAUGGAGAAAGAAGAGCUUCAGAAGGUUUUGCUGGAGCAGAUCGACUUCAGGAGGAGACUGGAGCAGGAGUUCCACGCCCUGAAGGGCACCUCGCCGUUUCCUGUCUUCCAUAAUUUUCAAGACCAGAUGAAGCGAGAGCUCGCCUACAGAGAGGAGAUGGUCCAGCAGCUACAGAUGAUUCCCUACGCAAACAUCAUCAGAAAAGAAAAGAUCAGCUCACAUCUCAACAAGUAGCUCAAACAAAGGCAGAGUCGAGAAACUCUCUUUUCUAAGAGGAAGAAGCUGCUUGGAUUUCUGGGAAUGUUCCAAAGUAAAUAGACUCAAAGUAAAUAUAUAAAUACAGAACACAGCCGGGACCAUUGACCCUUUUCCAUCCCCUUCCGUGGGGGACCGGUCUCAGACUUUGUAAAAUUCUUAUCGUUGGAGAAGAAUGACUUGUCUUCUUCUUCAGCUCCAUCUCUGUUAAUAUCCCAGCACUUAAAAACUCGGUGAGCUCACAUGGACCAGCUCUUGCUGCCGUGUUUAUUUCCCCGGACCGACUGAACUGAAAGGGGGGACACAGGUUUCUCCUUGUCGCUGCUCUGGCAGUCAAACUCGAAGCUUUACCCAAACAGGACCAAAGCAACCACGGCCUUUCAUUGCCCCUUGAACCUUUUUGAGGGCGUUUGAAGACCACCAGGAAGGUUAUAAACUUUUACUUCUUCAAAAAAAAAAAGAACCUCUGAACUUUUCCAUGUUCUUUAAAAAAAUGAGACUUUUAAAAACUGCGGGUGUAACGUCUGUGGGUCUGUCCGCUGCCGGCCCAGUUACAGUGCACACACCGGACUGGAGAAGAGGACUUCUCAAGGUUUUAUUUAUUUUGCUGUUGUCAUUGUCGUUGUUGAAAUGUGGACUAAAGACACCAACACUUAUUUAUUGUCAACAUUAGAUCCCAAAGGGAGAUUCUCCUCAUCACGUCCCAGCUGUGUUUAUUGAUCGAAAACAAUCCAGUUGACCAACCCGGUCGAUAAUCACUGAAGAGGCAUUGGUGGAGAUUUUAUUUAAAUAAGCUCGUUCUUUGAGUUCGUAAACUUCACGAUGCCAGAAGAAGAACAAAAUAAAGGGAUGAGAGCACAGGAAGUAGCCGUGUUGUUCCACCAGUAUUAUUACAGGGUGGGAGCACGUAUUUAAACUGUAACCUGGCUCGACUGUUUUUGUAUUUGGGAGUUAUUUCUGAAUGUAUAAAAAAAAAAAAAGUACAGUAUUAUGUUGAAUACAGGUGUUGCUAGAUUAUGCAUUUUACUUUGAAAACAACAUCCUGUCACAUCUACGGUGUGAAGAUAAAAUACGGUCGUGUGCUGUUCGCCUCUACGUGGAGAAUCCUGAAGGUUCUUUUCAACCUCCGCCCGUCAGCGUCACCUCCACCCAAAGUCUGAACAUUCAAAUCGCCUCCAUCAGCUGCUAACUUGGCCUUUGAAAUGUGUUCGGGGGGUCGGCAGAUGACGGACAGAUGAAUAAAGGCCAACUCUGUGUAUUUAUUUGCUCUCCAAAGGAAAGUCGGGGCCACAAGGAGCAACGUUUGUCAGUGUUGUAGAUCUGCCUGUAAAUGAUUUCAUUAACUGUAUAAACCGUCAUGUCUGUCUAUGUGUUUGUUUAUUUAUUUGAGUAUCAGACCUUGAUUAUGAAAAUAUAAUUUAUUACAGUGUUAAAAAGAAAGAGACACAGUGAUGAUGAUGAUGAUGAUGAUGAUGAUGUGAAUAAAAAAGGAGAACUCGCCCUCAUCUUCUUCACCAAAUGAAAUGACUGAAUGGAUCCAGUUGUCAUUUACUGAGAAAAGAAAUGUUAUUAUAAACUGUCAAUGCAGAUGUAUUUAAAUAUGUUCCUGUAGUUUCUCUACUAUUUAUGUGUAAAUUAAAAGUCUAUACAAUA